CAGGGCAGCUCCAGGGAACUGGACCCCUGCGUUUGCUACGCGGCCAGGCAGACGGAUAACAGACUCGGGACAGUGAACCAUGAAGCUUAGCGUGGCGCUUUUCUUUGCCGGCUUCUUUGGAGCCCUUAGUGUCCUGUUCUUCCUGCUCUCUUUUGGGACAGAUUACUGGCUCUUGGCCUCAGAGACCUGCAGCCCGGAAGACACUACACAGCCCAUAUUAGAGCAGCGAGGGGAUGAGGUCUUGGGUGAUGAAGAUACCACUGGUUUCCACCACGAGGGUUUUUUCUGGAGGUGCUCAUUCAAUGACAAAAGCACAGAUGACCCCUUGCUGAAGACCUUGCUCUUCAACCAGCCUUUUUCCAAGAAAUGCGUGCAGUCCUACUUGCAGCCGUUUCCCAUUGUAGAGAACAAUGGAACCGUCCCACAGUCAGCCAUCAUCUACAGAGGAUUCUGGAGCGUCUUCAUGCUGCUGGGCGUGGUCACGGCGGUGGCGGCCGGCUUCAUCAUAAUCUGCGCCGCCCCCUUUGCCAGUCACCGCCUCUACAAGGCGGGUGGGGGUCUUUUCCUGAUUGCGGGCAUGUUCUUCUUGACCGUCAUCGUGAUGUUCAUCAUCUGGAUCCAGGUUCUGGGUUUCGUGGAUGAGUAUGUGGACCAGAAGCAGGCCACAUGUGCCAACUACCAGUUUAACUUCCGCUACGGCCUGUCGUUCAUGUUCGCACCCGUGGGCGUCUUCUUCUCCCUCUUUGCGGGGUUGCUCUUCUUCCUGAUUGGACGAUCGGUGCAGAUGCAGUACCACUGAACCUAGAUAUGACCCUGGUGUCAUGCAACCAAGCCAUUGGUGGACUCAGGUUGUGGGCAGUUCCCUACGCUGAGGUUUGGGAUUCUGACAUUUUUUUUCAUAUCAUUGAUUCAUCAGGAACAGAGAUUCUGAACCUGGUCAAACAAGAACUGCUGUUACGAAUACGGCACAAAAAAUGUAUCCCUCCUAGCUGUCAGCCGUGUGCAAUAAACUGGCCACACAGAGAACUUCCAACAUGAAACCUGCAAAGCCAUUGGUUGAGAUUUUAGUUUGCUGAAUUUACAGAUUCACGAGGCUUUAAAAAUAAAAAUACCCAUUUCCAUUGUUUUAUAUAUCUGUAUAUAUACACCCUAAGAACAUUGUUAGUCAUUUACAAAAUAGUUUGUACACAGUUAUUAUUUUCUCAUUUAAAAGAAUUUGGCAUGUUUAUAUAUAUUAUUUCGCUCUGCUUAAGAAGCCAAUCACCUUGUGAGAUCAACAAAAAAGCAUUAUCGAAUUCAACGAGGACAUUUUAAAGACGGUUUACUUUUCCUUCAUGUAACCAUUGGUAUCUGUCCAGCUUAUGAUAUAAUUCAUGAAACAGCAUAAGGUUUUCACAGUCAUUCUGAGAUUCCGGAAAGAUAAAGGAUUGUUGUAAAUAUGGUGUGUAAACUCGACAUGAAAGCAUUUGAUUAAAUUUGUUCAUUACAUGGA